GUUCUAUUUAUAUUUGUGGGUGUGGGGAGAGUAAGGCAAUAAUAAAAGUCGGAAGAAUGAGUGAAAAUAAGAAAAAACAACACUUUGUGCUAGUACAUGGUUCAUGCCACGGCGCAUGGUGCUGGUACAAGGUUAAGCCGCUGCUCGAGGCGGCCGGCCACCAAGUAACCGCCUUAAACUUAGCUGCAUCCGGUAUAGACACAAGGUCGAUCACUGACAUCUCCACAUGUGAACAAUAUUCUGAGCCGUUACUGAAUCUCCUAAAGUCAUUACCAAAUGAUGAGAAAGUUGUUCUCGUUGGUCAUAGCUUUGGAGGCUUGAGUUUAGCCAUUGCUAUGGAUAAGUUUCCAAACAAGAUUUCUGUCUCUGUCUUCUUGAGUGCUUUCAUGCCCGAUACUAAACACUCACCAUCGUUCGUCUUGGAGAAGUUUGGAAGCAACAUGGCACACGAAGCAUGGAUGGGCACCGAGUUCAUACCAUACGGCUCAGACAACUCUGGGCUGAGUAUGUUCUUCAGCUCUGAGUUCAUGAAGCUCGGUCUGUAUCAGCUCUCUCCAGUUGAGGAUCUUGAAUUGGGAUUGCUUUUAAAGAGACCUGGAUCUUUGUUUGUGAGCGACUUAUCGAAGAUGAAAAACUUCUCAGAUGAAGGGUAUGGCAAUGUUCCUCGAGCUUACAUAGUGUGCAAAGAGGACAAAGGCAUACCUGAAGCAUUCCAAAAAUGGUUGAUUGAUAACUUUCCUGUGAAUAUAGUGAUGGAGAUAGACGAGACAGAUCACAUGCCGAUGUUCUGCAAGCCUCAGCAACUCUGUGAUCACUUCAUGGAAAUCGCAGACAAAUUUGUUUAAAUAAUCUUUCAUGAAAAUGUAUUGCAUUUGAUACAAAUAAGGGUUUGUUGCAAAUGAAUAAUAAUGUAUCUUUUUCAAAUUUCGGAGUUUCUUUUAUAAGUUAUGAAUACCACCAAAAUUUAAUU